AUGCCGCCGGUCGGCCGUGCUAGUCCCGAUCGAUGGGUGGCUGGCCGGACGUCUGAGCCCUUCCUGGCGCCCCAGUGCCCCCCAGUGCCCCAGUACAUGCCCAGGUGCCAAGUCUGGUCCGGUCGGUACUCCGUACUGCCGUCUGGUCUGGUCCAGCCUGGCCUGGUCUGGCGCCAGGCGCCGGCGCUCGAGGGUGCAGGUGCAGGUGCAGGUGCAGGCAACAGGCAACAUUGA